AUGGCGUUCACGUGGUACUCCAGGUUAUCACCAAAUUCAGUCGAUACAUGGAAAGAUCUCGAAAUCCUCUUCCAUGAGGAGUUGUACAGAGCACCACCCGACGUCACCUUGGCCGACCUAGCCCGAAUCUCUCAGCUACCGAACAAAUCGACUGAGAAGUAUAUAGGCCGAUUCAGGAACCUUAGAACAAGGUGUUCCACUAAGAUGUUUGAGGCCGAUUGUGUCCCAAUGGUAGUAAGAGGAAUGAGCUUCACCAUGAGGGAGCAUUUUGAAGGUCAUCGAUUCCGUGACUUGUUCGAAUUGACAAACAGAGUGACGAGUUAUGAAAGACUUCUUCAAGAGAAGGAACAGAGGCGAGGCGCUUCUAAAGGAACUUACUACAAGGACCAGCUGGAUGUGGCCGUAAUUUCGGACAGUGAAGAUAGUGGCUCCGAAGAUGAAGUCAACAUGGCCGAAUUUUUGGGAACUAAGCCCCUGGAGUGUUCGGCCUUGCGAAAGCCUGGCUUUGUUAAGAAAAACAAAACCGCGGUGGUACAGAAGGAAUAUUCCUUCGAUCUAACCAAAGCCGACGACAUAUUUGAUGCCUUGUUUAAGGAUGGACAAAUCGCCCUGAGCGAGGGUCACGUAAUCCCGCCGCCAAAAGAGCUGGUCGGAAAGGAUUAUUGUAAGUACCAUAAUUCUUGGAGACACAGCACGAACAAUUGUGUGAACUUCAGAAACGUGAUCUAG